AUGACGACGACUACUACAACAAUAACAAAAACGAAAGCGGGGAAACAAAUACCAUGUAAAGUUCGUAUGCUUGAUGAUCAAGAAUUACCAUUUCAUAUAGAUCCAAAGGCUAUUGGACAAGAUUUGGUUAAUACAGUUUGCAAAUAUAUUGAUUUACUUGAACGAGAUUAUUUUGGUUUGGAAUACUUAGAUAGACAUCGAAAUGUUUGUUGGCUUGAAUUGGAUAAACCUAUACUUAAACAAGUUACAGAAACAAAAUUUUCAUUUUGUGUCAAAUUUUAUACACCUGAUCCAGGACAAUUGGAAGAAGAAUUUACUAGAUAUCUUUUUGCUUUACAAAUCAAACGUGAUCUUGCUCUUGGUACAUUAUUAUGUAGUGAUAAUACUGCGUCUUUGCUUGCUUCUUAUAUUGUUCAAGCGGAAAUUGGUGAUUAUCUUGAAACAUAUAAUAAUAAUCCUAGUUAUUUAAAUCAACGAAAAUAUUUUCCACAUCAAACUCCUGAACAUGAAAUUCGUAUAAUGAAUUUUCAUAAAAAUCAUCUUGGACAACAUCCAGCUGAUGCUGAUCUUAAUCUACUUGAUACAGCACGUAAAGUUGAAUUAUAUGGUAUUAAAAUGCAUACAGCUAAAGAUCAUGAACAAGUUAAUCUGAAUUUAUCUGUUGCACAUAUGGGGAUACUUGUCUUUCAAAAUAUAACAAAAAUUAAUACAUUUUCCUGGGCAAAAAUUCGUAAAUUAAGUUUUAAACGUAAAAAAUUUCUAAUUAAAUUACAACCAGAAGGAUAUGGUUAUUAUAAAGAUACAGUCGAAUUUUAUUUCGAUACACGUGAUGAAUGUAAAAAUUUUUGGAAAAAAUGUAUUGAAUAUCAUGCUUUCUUUCGUUGUGUGACAAUACAACGUUUACAUCGUUCAAAAACGAAAUUAUUAUCACGUGGUUCAUCAUUUCGAUAUCAUGGUCGAACACAAAAAGAAAUUGUUGAAUAUGCACGUGAAUGUUAUAAUAAAAAUCGAACAUUUACUAGAUCUUAUUCAAAUACACGUACAGUUGCACCAGUAACAAAUCGAACACAUCGUUCACCAGUAUCAACAAUAAAACCAUCGGAUACAGUUGAAUCUGUUCGUCAUCAUCGGCAUCAAACUGGUAUUAUAAAUGAUACAGCGGAUGUUUAUCAACAAGUUUAUCAUGAUGAUUCAUCCACACAUGGUAGUCGAACGUUAGAUUCAAGAUUUAGUCGUGAUAAAUAUGAUUUAUCUGAUGAACAAAAUACAGAUGAGGACGAAGAUGAACUUAUACAAAAAACAACAAAUGGAGUAUCAUCAUCAUCUACACGUAUUUAUAGAAGUAGUGAACCAUUUCAAAUUGAUAAUAAUCAUAUCACACAAGUUCAACAUCCGAUUGAUCAAAUUGAUAACGAAGAUUCAUUACCAACAACAAAUCGUCGACAUAUUAGUGGAACAGUUAAUAGUCAUCGAUCUGUACCGCCUUUAACAAGUAGUACACCACCACGACGAUUAUCAAAUACUGAACAGCAAAUUCUAACAGCAACACAUCGAUUAAAUCUUGGCAAACAAAUAAAAAUGAUAGAUAAUGAUAGUAUUGAUAUUGAAAGUCCAACUAAAAUAUCUUCAAUGAAUGAAAAUAUGUAUUCAACUUCAUCACCUUUGUCUAUUUUAACAUCACCCUAUAAUAAAACGGAAGAAUCAGCUGUAGAUGAAUCUAGAACUCGAACAAUACCAGUUAUUCAUGAAUACCGAUCGCCAAGAACACCUGUAUGUACGAUUGAAUCAAGAAGUACAAGUCGACAUCAACAAUCACCAUCGAGAUCAAUCCCUUCAACAUCGUAUCGAGCAAGUCCUCCAAUGGCGGGCAUUCCGCGAUUAAUUGGUAGUGUUCAUCCUUCAUCAUUAUCAACAACAACUCUACCAACAUCUGUUUCAUCAACAAUGAUAAUACCAUCUAUUCAUGAUCGAUCAUUUUUUAUAUGUAAAGAACUUUUAAUGACUGAACGAACAUAUAAAAAAGAUAUUGAAGUUGUUGCUGAACAUUUUCGUCGAGAAUUAAUGCUUGCUAUUAAUCAUUAUCAAGAUUCUUAUAUGACUGAUGAAUAUAAUUUUGAAAAUGAAACAUUAAUACAUUUAUCUGAUGUUUUAUUUACACAUCUAUUACCUAUUUAUACUUUUCAUGCACAUUUUCUUCGACAACUUGAACAACGAAUAUCAAUAUGGGAAACACGUUCUAUACCGGGUAAUGAAUGUCUUCCGAUUGAUAAAAUGGCUCAACAAAUUGGAGAUUUAAUGAUGAAUUUAAUUGAAAUCUUACCCAGAUAUGAACGUUAUAUAGAAAAUUAUGAUCGUUUAUUAACUGAACUUGAAUAUAUCCUCAAACAUAAUCGACGUUUCGAAAUAAUUUAUAAAGAAUUCGAAUCUGAAAAAUUUUGUUAUUUAUCAUUCAUAUCAUUUUUAAUCAAACCAUUACAAAGACUUUUACAUUACGAAUAUUUAUUUGAAAAACUACUCAUUUAUUAUAAAAAUAAUGAUUAUGAAAUUGAAUAUCAAGAUUGUUAUGGAAUAUUUAUUAAAAUUCAAGAUUUAAUUGAAAAUUUUGCUGAAUCAUUAACAUUAUUGCUAAAUCGGCAAAAAUUAAUUGAACUCCAACGUGAUCUGAUUGGUGUGGAUAAUCUCUCGAGUCAAUAUGAUCGCCAAUUCAUACGUGAAGGUUGCCUUCAAAAAUUAUCACGAAAAGGAUAUCAACAACGAAUGUUUUUUUUAUUCUCUGAUGUACUACUUUAUUGUGCUCGUAGUUCAAGUCCUGUACUUCAAUUUAAACUUCAUGGUGAACUAUCAUUAAGAACAAUGACAGUUGAAGAUAGUGAUGAACAUGUUAAUAUUCCUAAUUCUAUUACUAUCUAUACUGGCAAUCGAUCAUUACUCGUAGUAGCAAGUUCACCAACUGAAAAGAAAAAAUGGUUACAUGAUUUAAAAUAUGCUAUUGAAAAUCUUAAAAUAAAUUCUGAUGAUCAAAAACAUCAAUAUUCAGCUACGUUGAAAUCCAAUGCAUCAUCAGAAAAUCUUGAACAUUCAGUUGUUGGAACACUUGAUGAUGAUAAUAUGAGUCAAAUUGAUCGUUCAUGUGUACAACAUCGUGCUAAUACAACUAUGCAUGUAUGUUGGCAUCGAAAUUUAUCUGUAUCAAUACAUGAUCAUCGGCAAACAAUUAAAAAUCAAUUAAGUGGUUAUUUAUUACGGAAAUUUAAAAAUUCAAAUGGUUGGCAAAAAUUAUGGGUUAUUUUUACAAAUUUUAGUUUAUUCUUUUAUAAAACUUAUCAAGAUGAUUACCCAUUGGCAUCAUUACCUUUAUUAGGAUAUCGUAGUUCAUUACCAUCCGAAUUCGAUGGUGUUAAUAAAGAUUUUGUAUUUAAACUUCAAUUUAAAAAUCAUGUUUAUUUUUUUCGAGCUGAAAGUCAAUAUGCUUUUGAUCGAUGGAUCGAAGUUGUAUCAAGUGCAACAACAACAACUAGUCAAUAA